GCAGCGCUCGGGACUAGGCCCUGGCCAACCACACCAGCUGGAGACUCCGCACUUUUGUUUGUCCUCUGCAGCCGGCUGCUCACGGUCUCCUUCCUGCAGAACCAGAGGCCCCCAGAGAGGCGAGGACAGAGGACGUGGACGGGAGCCUUCCUCUAGCUCCAGGCCUGAGGCUGCAGUUAGAACAGAAAGUCACUGGACUUCUGAGGACACCCCUGACUCGCCCACGGACAAGAUGAGCAAGGAUUCAGGGGACAACAAUUACAUUCUGGGUGAAGAUGUGGAGCAAGAAGAUAGAGAUCUUUCUGAUGAAGAAAGAGAAUUUUUGAAAGAGUUUCCCAUCUUUAAAGCGGAACUAGAAGCGGCCAUCACUAAAUUCCAUGCUCUUGCAGAUGACAUGGAUAAAGCCCACCAAACAUUCACGAAGGUCAACAUGGUGUCCAACAGUGUCUCUGUCGUCUCCAACAUAAUGGGCAUCCUGGGUUUAGUCCUCGCUCCAGCAACAGCUGGAGGGAGCCUGAUGCUUUCUGCUGCUGCUACGGGCAUUGGGACGGCAGCUGGGGCCACCGGCACCAUCACCGACAUUUUGGAAUACCUGCACAAAAAAAACAUCCAAGCUCAGGCCGACAUCCAAGUGCCUGACACUGAGCAACACUUGGCCAAAAAUGUUGCAAAAUGUGCCAUUAAUCUUGGAACAAACAUCAGGAACAUCGAGAAGAAUGUCAAUGCCUAUCAGAUAGCCAAGAACUACCCGCGCCUGGCCGCAGCUGCCGAGCGUCUCCUGACCACUGGCCAAGUCUCGUCCAGAACGAAAAAGCAGGUGCAGAUGGCCUUUGAAGGUACAGCGAUGGUGAUGAGCCACACUACUCGCUUGCAGAAAAGUGGGAUAGCCUUCCUCGCCCUUGGCAUGGACUUGCAAGCCCUCAUGAGGAACGUGACAGACCUGAAGGAGGGAACAACUACAGAGUUGGCAGAAGACCUGAGGGCCAAGGCCCAGGAGAUGGAGAGACAGCUGACAGAACUCACCAAGCUCUAUGAGCACCUCAAGCAGAAGGAAAAAUGGCGAUGGUAUUGGGAAGGAGUACUCCCGGUGAUAGAUUGGUUCUGGGACCUCCUCUACCCCAGUGGCCCUGAAGACCCAAGAUCUGGGAAGUCCUUUGAACGUUGGAUCUUAGAAAUAUGUGCCCUUUUUGGUUUUGCCUUGCUUUUGCUUAAAUGUGUUGAUUUAUUUUUAUGUGCUGUGAUUUAUUUCCUUUGUUUUGCUUUGUUUUGUGUUGCUGUUUAUGUUUUAGCUGCUUCCUUGUCGUAUGCAUUGAGAUGAAGAGCAAUUUUUUGAAAUUCUGGAAAGGAAAUAAAAGGGUGGAAAUCA